CUUCUGGUUGCUUUGUACUGCUUCUGGGUUGGUACAAUUGCAGUGCCCUUUUCCAUGAUUUUCUCGUGGCAAAUCAUGGCGUCUGUGUCUCUUCCUCACUCGCUUCCUAACACGCCGCCGCUCCUCCCUUCAAACCAACCAAGAAUUAUCGCUCCCUCAUUCAAUCGAUUCCCUCUCCUUCGAUGCUCCGCCAAUCUCAGAAACUCCAAAAAUCACCAAAAUUCCAGAGCCAAUGGUCGCUUCACUACCACUCGCCUCCCAGCAAAGUUAGAAGUCGAAUGUUUUGCGAGCAUUUCUUCUUCAAGUACCCAAGAAACAUCUUCAAUUGGUGUCAACCCACAAAUCUCAAUACCUCCCCCACCCUCAAAUGUAGGGUCGCCUCUGUUUUGCAUUGGCAUUGGUGUUGGGCUUUCAGCACUGUUUUCAUUGGUGGCUAUGAGAUUAAAGUGGAUCGUGUCUUAAUGAUUACGCUGCCUGACAAAGUCAAUAGAAUGCUCCAAU